GCUAUUUCCAACUCAAACUCAAUGUCUCAUGACUACAGUGACUGACUGCUGUUUUGUAGCCUACAUCCUUUAGUCCGUAGCUUGCUCGCGGUUGUGGGACCUCUUUAGUUGUUUUCUUAUUAGAAAUUAUCUUUUCACAGCUGCUAUUAUACAUUGCAAACAUUUAACCCCCAUUUUUAAAGUGCUGCUAUUCAUCUGGUCACCGGAUGUAUGUAGUCUAAUGAUAUGGACACCUCAAGUGCCAGUCUUGGCAUUGUGAGGAACCUAUCACAAUACAUGGGCUUUUUUCUUGCUUUUGUGUCUGCUGGCUUUCUGAUUGUGGCCACUUGGACUGAUUGUUGGAUGCAAAACGCAGAUGACUCUCUGGAGGUGAGUACCAAAUGCCGUGGUCUUUGGUGGGAAUGUGUCACCAACGUAUUUGAUGGAAUCACAACCUGUGAUGAAUAUGACUCCAUAUAUGCAGAGCACCCAUUGAAAUUGGUCGCGACACGAGGUCUUAUGAUAACAGCAGAUAUUCUGGCAGGGUUUGGCUUCAUUUUCCUUCUCCUGGGACUCGACUGUGUCAAAUUCCUUACCGAUGAAUCACACAUCAAGUUAAAAAUCUGUUAUGUGGCUGGAAUUACCCUCAUUAUUGGAGGUGUCCCUGGGAUCAUUGGCUCGGUGUGGUAUGCCAUUGACGUUUAUGUGGAACGGUCGACUUUGAUUAUAAAUAAUGUUUUUUUGGGAAUCCAAUACAAGUUUGGUUGGUCUUGCUGGCUUGGAAUGGUUGGAUCCCUGGGAUGCUUUUUAUGUGGUGCUCUACUCAUUGCUUGUCAUUACUUUUUUAAAGAAGCAAGAUAUGCAAGGAACCAUUCAUAUUCUUCCAGAAAAACCUACCUUCGUGCAAGAAGUUCCGCAAGCAAGUUGUAUUCUCCACCUCAGACAGAAACUGCAAAGAUGUAUGCAGUGGGUACGAGAGUGUAAUUCAGUGGAUGGCAUCACUUUGAGCAGAAUCCUUUGUUUUUCAGUGGGGAGUAUGCAGUGUGUCUGGAAGGUGUCUAGGAAACCUCAAUUUGCACCUAAUUUGUAUGUUGUCUACUAAUUUUAUAAUGUAGAUGAAAUGUAAUGUAAACGAAUUACAUAAAGAAAUGGAAGCAAAUACUGUGUAAAAAUUUAUAUUGCAAACAUUGCUGAAUCUGGCAACUGGGCCUAUGAAUAAAAAUAUUGAAGAGAAUAUGAAAUAUGUACUCUGUCUAAACUAAAAAAAUUAAUGACAAUUGCUGAAAGGUUCAUUGGACAUCUAAUUUUUUUAUGGGUCUCCACAGCUUCUGGUCAUCAUAACUGGUACAUUAUACUAUACUGUAUCUGUAAUACUUUGCAUAGAACACCGUCUCUUAAUUAAUCACUUGCUAAAAUAUUGUCUGGCAUGGUAUAGUUAAAAAAAAUCAGUAGGUAGAACAUUUCUU